UUGGGGGGCCGUCUCGUCCGCCAACAGCGCGAUUUUGAAAGCGGGCUGUUAUUCAUCAGGACAACCGGUUUCUGAGUUCUCUAAAUGCAUCGGACACAGAACUCGUCUUCCCAGACCGGACGUAUACUGCACUGAUGUUCACUUGCCCUCUCCUCUCUGUUUCUCAACUUUCGCCCGAAGCUUCAAAUUGCGUAACUGAUCCUAACCGGAAAUUUGAUGAACACUAUGAUAUUGUUUCUGAAAUCGGGAGGGGGCGCUUUGCUAAAGUUUGUGAAGUCCGCCAUAAACAAACCAGUAGCAGUUUCGCAGCUAAGAUCAUCAGGAGAUGGCGAAAUGGAAAGGACACCCUCGAUACGUUUUUGCAAGAGCUGCGUGUACUUGAUCUUGGGAAGUCCUCACCACAUAUCAUUGACUUCCAUGAUGCUUAUUUGCAAUGGGCAGACAUGGUUAUCGUCUUGGAGCACGCUGCUGGUGGUGAUCUCUACCAGUUAGUUCAUUUUGAGUCUAUCCAUCUUCCUGUCGAUUACGUCAACUUGAUUAUCCGCCAGCUUUUGAAUGCCAUCACAUUCCUGCAUAAUCGUAAGAUUGUUCACUUAGACGUUAAGCCUGAAAACAUUCUUCUUAGGCGCCCUUUCCCUGACUGCGACACCAUGCUUUGUGACUUCGGCCUAUCCAAGUUCUUGGACGACGGGAAUCUGAUCCGUGGUCUGGUUGGAACUCCCGACUAUGCAGCUCCGGAAAUCCUGGAUUACAAUCCUAUUCGUUUUACGACGGACAUUUGGAGCGUUGGGGUUGUCACUUACUUCCUACUGACUGGCGUCAGUCCCUUCUGGGGCCAAACCAAAAAGGAAACAUUCGCCAACGUUUCCCAACUCCGAUUGUCUUUCCCAAAAGAGUUAUUCGCGGACAUACCUGAAGCUGCCAUAUCCUUCAUUCGACGGUUGUUAGCAAAGGAUCCAAAGGCAGGGCACUUGGCGAAUUCGGCCUUAUGCUGUAGGCCGCCGCAGCGAAAGCACUUUUGUGGAGUUAAGUGUUUGGCUGACAAAUGAUGGAUCUUGCCAAUUUCACAUGUGCUUCUUUGCGCAACAUAACUUCGCGAUUGCUCUGCGGCAUCCGUUUUGAAGCGAGCUAUUCCCAUUACCAUUUCUCAAGUCACUUUUACGGCGUCUUCGUGAUAGACCAUCCGCGUCCACUUGUAUUCAGGAUGCGUGGCUUGUUGGACUUCCCUCGUCGUCUCCAAGUUAUUGUGAGGUGUACCCAGGAGCGGACACGGAACUGAAGCCGGUCAUCUCUGAGAACAGCCGAUCAGACUUAGACCGAUCGUUCGGAGAGCAUUGAGGCACUGUUUAUACGUUGAUUGUCCCUCCCCUCUCGGCUGUCACAUCUCAUAUCAUUUAUGUACUGCUUUCUUUUUCCGUUCUUGUGCCCAUUAAUUCAAAGAAAAACUCGGCUUAUCAUCAUUUCACUCCUGAGGCACCAUAUUAACCCCUAUACGCCCUGAGUAGGCUUGCAUGUUUCCCUGAACACAGUCGAUCUCACAAGUGCAUUUGCGGUCAUCAUAAUGACUUCGCAAAUCCAACCAUCAUUUUUGCGCUUACUCUACUGUUCUUUUCUUGCUCCACUACCCAACUACGUGUAUGUUUUGGGUCACUGAGUUUGACCACUUCUGUGUAAAUGCUGUACUUCCUAAAAUAAGCGUGCCCUCAUUAGAAUAUGCUAUUGUUUCAACCCGUAUUCAUGGUAGUGCGUAGGAGAUUUUUCUCUAUGUUUACAC